AUUUAUUACCUGGUUCAAUCAAAUGUCAAAUGUGGGGUUUUAAACGAGUUGUGUUGGCACCAAACCAAUCUCAAAAUGUCAGAUUACGACCGGGGAAAAUACUACGGAAAAAAGAAGUUUUCCGGCGAGAAUAAAGACUCGUCGAGUUAUGGUCGCAGCUACUACGGCAGGCGCAGCCCCAGCGGGGCCCAAGCCUUCAAAUUCGACAAAGAAUCGAAGCCCGAUAAAGUCAAACAGCCCACGAUUUUGCUCAAAGCUCGGGAACACUCUGAGGAGUCGGCGUCCAAACGAGCCCCAAAAGUGGACGAACUUCCAAUCACGAUUUCCUCGACUGGCUCAGAGACACAAUCAGCCCCCACGGUUAAGUCGAUGAGCAAGAGUGUCAAGUUUUUGGAAGAUUCAGUCUUAUUAGAACACCUUCAAGAGUUUGUGCAGGAAAAUAGCGAUUUUCUGGUCGUGGGGGUUGUGGGGGCCCAAGGGGUGGGAAAAUCAACGGUUUUGAAUCUUAUUGCCCACAAUACAGUGAGCGAAGACUUGAAAGAGGCGAUUUUUCGCAAUUGCGAAGCACGGAACGAGGAUUUUUUGAGUGAAAAUUUCACCGAAAUUAAGCUUGAUGAAGAGAAAGUUAAGAGGGAAAUUUUUAAAAUACAGACGGGGGAAGAUGUGGAAAGCAACAGUAAUGCCACGAGAGGCAUUGACGCGUUUAUCACUUCGAAUCGUGUGAUUUUAUUAGACUGUCAACCCUUUAUGUCUGUUGCUGUGUUAGACGAAUUGGUUCAGAGUGAAAAUAAGCGUUCGAAUAUCGUUAGUGAGUUUAUUCCUUUGGAAAACAGUGGAGAAAUUCAGGGGUUACAACUAACCGCGUUUUUGAUGAGCAUUUGUCACGUUUUAAUAGUAGUACAGGAUUAUUUUUUCGAUAGUAAUGUUGUCCGGUUUUUACAAACUGCCGAAAUGUUAAAACCUACACAUUCAAACCCUGAGGAUGAGCUAAAUGACCAUUUCCCGCACUUGCUAAUGAUACACAACAAAGCACAAAUGGACGAUUUCUCGCCCAGGAAAUUCAAAACCAUUCAAGAAAUUUACAAUUUAUUGUUUGAAAAAACCAAGCUUCAGAAGGACUCAAAUUUGGGGCUGGCUGACGAUAAUUCCGGCGAACUUUUCAACGUGUUUCUCAUCCCGGAAUACAAUCCCAAAUAUGAUAACAUCUACAAUGGACACCCGCCUUUGGAAGACCUUGUAAAAAAAUUAAGGGCCAAUAUUUUAGGCGCGAUUAAAACGCCCUUAACUCACGUUCAACUGACUGAAAAAACGUGGCUUGUGUACUGUUCAAAAGUAUGGGAAAAUGUAAAAAAGAGUUCGUUUUUUAUCGAAUACACUAAACUAAUGCCAUGAAAUAA